UAUACGAUGGAAGCGGUGAUAAUGCAAUUAUGUGCCAGUUUUGUGAAGGGUCAGGCCAGGAUCAAACGCACGAAAGGCAACACCAAGGAGUUCAGCAAGAAAUUAGCCGAAGCCUCGUUCAGGAAUGUAAUCAAAAUACACGACAGACACGGAUGGAUGAAAUCCAAUUUCCAUAUUAAAGAAGAUAUUCCGAAGAAAGGAUUGAUUAUAUAGUUAAACAUUUAUUGAAACUUAUA